AUGGCGUUAGUUGAAUUUGCAUACAAUAAUAGCUACUAUUCUUCCAUACAAAUGGCGCCAUAUGAAGCUCUUUAUGGAAGGAAAUGCCGAUCACCAAUAUUCUGGGAUGAAGUAGGGGAAAGAAGAGUUUUAGACCCAGUUGCAGUACCAUGGAUCGAGGAUGCGUAUGAGAGGGUGAAAGUGAUACGUCAGAGGCUUCAGAUAGCGCAAAGUCGACAGAAGAGUUAUGCGGAUAAUCGACGAAAGGAUUUGAAGUUUGAAGUUGCAAACAAGGUAUUUCUAAAGGUUACACCACUUCGAAGUCUCACGGCGGGCAAAGGAAAGAAGCUUCAACCAAGAUACGUAGGACCAUUCAAAAUUCUUCCACGAGUUGGGAAUGUAGCAUACAGAAGUAUCAUCCAGACCCCACUCAUGUACAUUGACAUUGACGAAUCUCUGACUUAUGAAGAAAGGCCGGUGCAGAUCUUAGAUCGAAAAGUAAAGGAAUUAAGGACUAAACAGAUACCUUUGGUAAAAGUUUUGUGGAGAAAUCACGAGGUAGAGGAAUCUACUUGGGAAGUGGAAGAGGACAUUCGUGCAAAAUAUCCUAAGCUAUUCAGUGAUCAAUGUCAGAAUUUCGAGGACGAAAUUCUUUAA